AUGCCUCGGAACGUCUUAUUACACAACAAACCUCGUUCAUUCGAAUCAGCUGCUGAAGAAGAAACCAAUUUCCUUCUUUCUAUCCAACAUCAAUAUGCUGCGGAGAACUUGAGACGUAGACUGUGGGAUCAGCGGGAGUUGAUUCAAGCUACGGUCAGGCACCAUCUUCGACUACACAGAGAUGACGUCUGCACUGUUCUACCACCGGAAUCAUGGGUGCAAGGCGGCUUCAAUAUUUGCGUUGUAGUCGAGGUGAACUCCGAGGGCCUCUCCAGAAGGUUGAUCUUCCGGUGUCCCAUGCCUCACAAGCUUGCUGAGCAACGUUAUCCUGGCACCAUUGAUGAAAAAGUCGGCUGCGAAGUGGCCACGUAUAUAUGGAUGCAAGAGCACUGCACUGAUAUUCGGAUACCAAACCUUUACGCCUUUGGCCUCAUUGAUGGCGGUCAUUUUACCCAUGUCGGGCAGCGACCACUUUACGCUCGGGUCUACCACCGAUUCUGGCGAUGGAUUCAUCGCCUCUUUCACUACCCCUUGCUCUCGAAUUACACUCGUAACGCAUCCGCACCAGCCGUUGACACCGCCUAUAUGCUUUUAGAAUAUAUCGGUCCCGAAACCGGAGAGAUGCUUUCAUGUACCUGGACGCAACACAUGCGCGAUGCCAGUCGACGAGCUCGCCUAUUUCAGGGCAUGUCGCGUAUCAUGCUCUCGCUUGCUCGGCUCCCACAACCGCACAUUGGUUCCUUUAAAUUCAAUGCCAGUGACGGCACAAUUCAGCUUUCUAACCGGCCCCUGACAUGCACCAUGAUGAUUUUCGAGAAUAGCGGGACACCACGAACAAUUCAGCAGCACCAACUCUACCGUACUACAGACAGUUUUGCCUCCGAUUUUCUUACGCUGUAUGAUAACCACCUCCUUCACGACCCUCAUGCUGUGCGAGAUGCAGAUGAUGCCCGAGAACGAAUGGCGAUUAGGACAUUACUUCGAACGAUAAUGCACUGCUUCAUCUUGUCAGAUCGGAGGGACGGUCCUUUCCUCCUACAAUUGACCGACUUUCACCAAAGCAAUAUUUUUGUGGACCAUGAUUGGAACAUUACUUGUUUGGUUGAUCUUGAAUGGAUCUGCGCGCUUCCGGUGGAAAUGUUGUCCGUACCAUACUGGCUUACAAACUGCAGCAUCGACGGUAUCAUUGACGACGAGUAUGCCGAAUUUGACGAGAUGCGGCAGGCAUUCCUAGCAAUCAUGGAUGAGGAAAAAAAAAGCGUACAGAUGGAACAUGAUAUUAAGAUCACAAGCAUAAUGAGAGAUGUUUGGGACUCUAAAGGAGUAUGGUUCUGGACCUGCUUGAGGUCUAUAAAUGCUUGGCUUUUUGUGUUUGAGGAUCAUAUUCUUCCCAAAUUCUCAGCUGAUAGAGCACUGGUUGCUGGCCUGAAGCAGGUCUCGGCAUUUUGGCAAGAGAACGUUGGACAAGUUGUCAAGGCUAAAGUGGACGACGAAGAAAGGUACCAGGCAGAGCUCCGGUCCCUCUUUGAUACGGAACUAUAA